AAACACAACCAGAGUCAUCGGUGUUAAUUCCGUGAUCUUCCAACCAGCGUUUUGAAAUUGAGUUAGCAUUUGUGGCCUCGCAAUCUUUCGUCGGACUUCUAACUGUCUUGUGUCUGAGCUGCUCAGGAGCUGUUGUCUAUGCGAUUGAACACUAAACAGCUGCCUCUGGGAAUGUAAAUUUGAUUCUUUGGACUGCUCAUGGGACUGUGUGACAUUUUCCUCUCCAGUGACAGUCAGAAGAUUUGGAUGGCAUUAGGCUACUGAUUAAAUAAUGAUCCAUAUAGCUUUCAAAUGAUUAGAAGAAUUGAUUCUUUCUGAGACUUAUCAGUUCAUUCCCUGUAAAAUAUAGGUCUUGCUGUCUAUGCGUGAAUAAGAACCAGAUCUCACAGAAAGCACCAUAAGCACUCAUAUAUAGGAGUUUGAAAGAAAGAGGUGCUUAACCUUAAUUCGUCUCCUGCACAAGAAAAAUGGGUUGUGAUCGAAACUGUGGGCUCAUUGCUGGGGCUGUCAUUGGUGCUGUCCUGGCUGUGUUUGGAGGCAUUCUCAUGCCAGUUGGAGACAUGCUGAUUGAGAAGACAAUUAAAAAGGAAGUUGUCCUUGAAGAAGGUACAAUUGCUUUUCAAAAUUGGGUUAAAACAGGCACAGAAGUCUACAGACAGUUUUGGAUCUUUGAUGUGCAAAAUCCACAGGAAGUGAUAGUGAACAGUAGCAACAUUAAAGUCAAGCAAAGAGGUCCUUACACAUACAGAGUUCGUUAUCUAGCCAAGGAAAAUGUAACCCAGGACCCUGAGAACCACACAGUUUCUUUCUUGCAGCCUAAUGGUGCUAUCUUUGAACCUUCACUAUCAGUUGGAACAGAGAAUGAUACUUUCACCAUUCUCAAUCUGGCUGUAGCAGCUGCACCCCAUAUCUAUCAAAAUGCAUUUGUUCAAGUUGUACUCAAUUCACUUAUCAAGAAGUCAAAAUCUUCUAUGUUCCAAAACAGAACUGUGAAAGAAUUAUUAUGGGGCUAUACGGAUCCAUUCUUGAGUCUGGUUCCAUACCCUAUUUCUACCACAGUUGGUGUGUUUUAUCCUUACAACAAUACUGUUGAUGGAGUUUAUAAGGUUUUCAAUGGAAAAGAUAAUAUAAGCAAAGUUGCCAUAAUUGACACUUAUAAAGGUAAAAGGAACCUCUCCUAUUGGGAAAGUUAUUGUGACAUGGUCAAUGGCACAGAUGCAGCCUCAUUCCCACCUUUUGUUGAGAAGACCCGGGUAUUACAAUUCUUUUCUUCUGAUAUUUGCAGGUCCAUCUAUGCUAUAUUUGAAUCCGACAUUAAUCUGAAAGGAAUCCCUGUAUAUAGAUUUGUACUUCCACCCAAGGCCUUUGCAUCUCCACUUCAAAACCCAGACAAUCAUUGUUUCUGUACAGAGAAAGUUAUCUCACAAAACUGUACAUUAUAUGGUGUGCUGGACAUCAGCAAAUGCAAAGAAGGAAAACCUGUGUAUAUUUCACUUCCUCAUUUUCUACAUGCAAGUCCUGAUGUUUCAGAACCUAUUGAAGGCUUAAAUCCAAAUGAAGAAGAACAUAGGACAUACUUGGAUGUUGAACCUAUAACUGGAUUUACUUUACAAUUUGCAAAAAGGCUUCAGAUCAACAUAUUGGUCAAACCAGCAAAAAAAAUAGAAGCAUUAAAGAAUCUGAAGAGGAACUAUCUUGUGCCUAUUCUUUGGCUUAAUGAGACUGGGACCAUUGGUGAUGAAAAGGCAAAAAUGUUCAGAAAUCAAGUGACUGGAAAAAUAAAACUCCUUGGAAUGGUAGAAAUGAUCUUACUCAGUGUUGGUGUGGUGAUGUUUGUUGCUUUUAUGAUUUCAUAUUGUGCAUGCAGAUCAAAAAGAGUAAAAUAAGUAAGUAUAUACAAAAA